AUUAUUAAUUUUUUUUUUUUCCUUCAGCAGUGUAUCUUGGCGAAAGCAUUAUAUGAUAACCAUGCUGAAUGUGCUGAUGAGUUGGCUUUCCGGAGAGGAGACAUUCUGACCAUUCUAGAAAAGAAUGUCCCAGAAAGUGAGGGGUGGUGGAGGUGUUUACUUCAUGGUAGACAAGGGCUGGCCCCUGCAAAUCGUCUCCAUCUCCUUACUGAUUCUCAAGAGGGUAGAGUUUCUCUCUCUUCCCAGAAUAACUUGGAAGAAGUAUCCAGCAGUCCAGAAAAGACUUGCCAUGUGUCCUCUGAGCUCAACAAACCUCCUCCACCAGGUGUAUAUGAGCAAAUGGUUGGUUGGGUUAAGUCUCCUCAGCCUAUAGUUUCUCCUUCUGCUGAUCAAGUAUAUGAACAACCUGCACCAUUGACCACAGCAAAAAUUUUCACUGAAAAGACUCUAUCUUUUGCUAAACAGGACCUUUUUACACUUCCCAAACCAAUCUCAGUAUCAACUUGUAAUUCACAAGUUUAUGAUGUUCCAUCCCCACAAAACCAAGGUCGCUUGAUUCCUAAGGAACAGAAGCAACAAGUGUAUGACAUUCCAGCCAACUCCGAAAAGGGAGGAAACCAAGUUUCCAAAAGCCAUGUUUAUGAUGUACCCCCUCCAACUGCAAGAGUCGUUUCUAUGCCCUGCUUUGUUUCUCCAUCAACAAAAUCUGUUAAAAAAGUCUGCUAUAACACUUUGCCCAGUCCUCAGAAGCCUGAAUGGAUUUAUGACACCCCAGUGUCUCCAGAAAAAACAGAUUUGAAAAAAGCAUCCCCAUCAAAUUCCCCAGAACAGAAGGUGCUCUAUGAUAUCCCACCUCCUAGGUAUAUAUCAACCUUAGAAAAUUCACCAAAUGAUAAAUCAAAGACACUCCAACCACAAAGGGAUAACCAGUACAGAAAUGUAUGCCCAGUUCAGAAAAAAAUCAGUGCCCCAGAAAUGCCUGUAUAUGCAUUUCCACCCUCGCGAGAUGUACUACCCUUGAAACCUAGAAUUGAAUAUGCUGUUCCCCCCAGUUUUCUGAUUCCUCGGGUAGAGCAGCAGAACACAAAGCCCAACAUUUAUGACAUUCCCAAAGGGAAUGUUUCUCAGCUUGGAAAAGAUCCUGAAAAGAAAAAUGAUGCUUCAGAAAACUGUGUUUAUCGUGUUCCCUCUUGGCUACCAAGACAUCCAAGAUCAAUAUCCCCUGAGCUCUCCGAGCAAGACAGAUUAUCAAUUUCCAGUAUAGAUAGCAGAACUAGUAUAUCUUCUUGCUCCUCAGCUUCUACUGAUCCCUCAUCUAUUUCCUCAUCGGAAGAACCAGGCAAAGAGAUUAUGUUGGAUCUGGAUUUGGCCAAAGAAAUGGUAACAGAUCUACAGCACAGAGUAGCUAGCUCUAUAGCAAGUCUAAUGAUCUUUGUGAGCAGUAAGUGGAGAUUCAAAGAAUACUUGGAAGCAAACAUUGAUGGAAUCCAUAGAGCUGCUGACCACAUCAAGGCAUCACUGGGAGAGUUUCUGGAUUUUGCCCAAUUGGUCAGUGUGAAUGCUAGCAAUCUCACUGACAAUAACCUUCAAGUCAGGAUAAAAAAGCAACUACAGAUUAUUUCAGAUUCCUACCAGAUUCUCCUAGAAACAAGGGAAGCUCUGAAUAACUGCAAUUGGUCUCUGGACAUUCUUAUUACUGACAAACUUCAGAACAAUCCUGAUGAUCUGGACAGAUUUGUCAUGGUGGCUCGGACAAUUCCAGAAGACAUCAAGCGCUUUGUCUCCAUCAUCAUUGCAAAUGGGAAGCUCCUUUUUAAACAGAACUGUGAGAAAGAAGAGAUGAAAACAGAUCAUAAACUUGAAACAUUCACUCAGGUCCCCAGAAGAAAAGAUUUUGAUUUGCAACAAGGAACUAUUGCUCUUGGUAAGCCAAGGGAAAGCAAAUUUUCUUCUGAGCCAUCAAGUAGGAAUAUGAGGAAUGUCUGUGAGCAAGAUAAAUCACAGAAGACAAUGAACCUGGAAGAUGUACAGAAACCAGUUUUCAAGCAAGUAGAAAAGAAAAAAGACUUUAAAGUAAAGAGUCUUUCUUCUACAAACCACAAACAACUGAGUAGUCAGGAUUCAGAGAAGAAAAUCAACCUUUCAGAACACUGCAGACUUUACUUUGGUGGGCUUCUUAAAGCCAUUGGCAUAUUUAAUACCAGCCUUAGCAAUAAUCAACCACCUGAAAUUUUUAUCACUCAGAGUAAAUUGAUCAUCAUGAUAGGCCAAAAGUUGGUGGACUCCCUUUGUCAAGAAACAAAGGAAAAAGAUGUUCGCAAUGAGAUUCUCUACAGUAGCAGCCAGCUUUGUGGCUUAUUGAAGAAUCUGGCUGUGGCUACUAAGAAUGCCGUCCUCAAAUAUCCUAAUGAUGCUGCAAUGAAAGAACUUCAGCAGGAAGCAGAGAAGCUGUAUAAACACACACGACAAGUCAGAGAAACCCUGGAAUGAGAUCUUAAUUCAGUCCUCCAUGUAUUACAGAGCUUCAGCAAUCCUUGCUGGGUUAGUUUUACAACUAGCUUCUGCCCAUACUCUUAGGUGCUGGUAUCAGCACCUACAGACUACGGUACACAUGUUGCUAGGAAUUUCCAGGACAUUGGUUCCAUAUGAAACCCUGGCACAAAGUGAAGCAUUACUAAGCAAGGAUUUUAAGCAUGUCUGGGAUCAGCAUGUAAAGUAGUAAUCUGAUGCAAGUUUUUUCUAUUAGUGGGCAUCUACUGUAUGCAAAGCAAUGGGGAAGAUAUAAAAUUUGAUAUAGUUCUGGACCUCUUAAGAGUUGAUAGUAUAGGAAAUUCUUAUUUAUGUGGCCCCUGAAAGCUUAUAAAGUAUUUACCUCACAACAACCUUGUAAAGGAAGCAAAGUAUUAUUAUACCCAGAUAGGAAACUGAAGUUCAAAGCAAUUAAAUGGUUCGUUCAUAGUGAGACAGCUAAUGAGUAUAAGGCCAGGAUUUAAAACUAGAUCUUGUGACUCUUAAGUCCUAUGCUUGUUUUAUAGAAGUUAAUUUUUAUAUUGGUUAAAAUAUUUAAAUCCAUUUUUCUUUCGUUUUUUAUGAAAAGCAUACCAGACCUCUCCCUCUUUGGAAUUUAUUUUGUUAGGAAAAAAUACAAACUUUUUUGUAAUUGCUUGUUACACUAAAAUGUCAUCCGCUGAAGUUUUAUUUUAAUCAGUUUAAAUAUUCAUACUAUAUUCACAAAAUCCAUGGAUUUUAUCUUUUGAAUUUCUUGUUAAUUUAUUUUGAUUUGACAUUUUGACAGAAUCAUAUAUUGUGCACACAUUUUUAUAUUGUUAGUCAUCACAGUUCUGUAUAUUUUAUAGUUUUAUUUAAAUAUAACAUUUAAAUAAUAUGAGGCAAAAGCAUUAAUUAUAGCAUCAUUUUUGUCCUUUGGAGAGAUCUAUGUCCCAAGAUGUUUGAUCUCAAACAUAGGUAAAAAAUUCAUUUAGAAUAAUUUAAAAAAGGAUCAUUUUCACAUUUGGUAUUUUAUCUGUUUCCAGAACAUGUCCAAAAAAUUGACUUCUUGGUAUUGUCUCCAUUUGCCAUAAUGACAAACUGUCUUUGAGGCCUUUGAAAGUAACACAUGUUGAUUCCUUUAGACAAAUAGAAGUAUAGCAGGGAAGUGUUAUAAAAGCAUUCUCAAGUAAUCUCCACCACCACUAAGAAAGUUAAAACUCUUGCUCUAUGAAACCCUUGAUUAAAUUCUUUUUCAGGCUAUGGUCACACCCUUCCUUGAAUUCUUCAGUAUAAGAACCAGGCCUUCUUUAUCUUGGCCACAUAUGCACAUAGGGAAUAGAAUCAGAAUACAAAAUAAAGAUUGCUAGAAUUUUGCUGAUUCUCAUUUAGCUAAGUCUCCUGGAAUGGAAAGAAUUUUUUCUUCUUGUGAAAUUUGUUCCAUAAAUUUGAACAGUGGAAUUAGGGUGGAGAUGGACGAUUCUUAAAACUGACAUGUGCCUCUGAAACCUACGUGUAAUACAAAAGUUCCUAAAACAAAUUUACAUCUUCGAUUGUAUUUGUAUUUUUUAAAUAAGAAAAAUAAAAGUUCAAAUCAUGGAUCUUUAUUCCCCAAGACAAAAUACAAACUGAAGAAGUAAAACCACAGUAGAAAAAGGCUAUUCUUAACUAAAUGUGUUUCCUUCCCUUUUUAAAAGAUGGAGGUGGUGGGAGGAAUUUUUCAAUAUGUAGAUUCAGCUGCAAGAUUCUGAAAUUUUAAUUUAAAAAGUGGAAGGAAAACUAUUUUGGGGGUGUUACAAAAACACAGUAAGAAAACAUACUUCACCAAAUAUAUGUUUGUAUCCUUGGAAACAGCACAAAUGGAAAAAGGGAAGGCUGUUUUAAUAGCAACCAGAAAUGUAAUUCCAAACUUAAUGGAAGAGUAGGGACUUCUAUAGGGAGACUAUUAAGAUCUUUGCUACUCCUACCUUUUUGUUUCCUUUUUUGUUCCUUUGUUGUGGCUUUUUGUUUCAAUGAUGCUUCAUUGAAAGAAGGUAACCUUUGUUUCUAAAACAUUUGUCCUAGUCCUACCAACCUACAACCUGGCAAUAUCUUUGCCAAGAAAACUCUAAAAGGAGUCAUGAAGUAUUAGUUAUGAUUGAAAACAUUUCCUAACUUUCUCAAACUAGAAAAACCUUGAAUAUGACCAGGUAUAUAUACAAACUAUGAGUUUCAGAUAGGUUGCUGAGUAAUGAAUUAUGGAACCACCACAACUAGCAGAAUCCAAAUACCAUCAAGUAAAAGCUGUACAAGAGUUGAAAUUUUUAGUGGUUGGAGGAAGUAACUCCAUAGGAAAAACCAUGUAAUCUUGGUGCUUAACAGAUUAAGAUAAUAAUAGUUAUAUUAUCUAUAUAGUAAUUAUUAUCAUUUUAAUUUAUUAAAUUCCAAGGAUCCAUAAGACCAGACCCUAUAUCCCAGAGUUGCGAUACGGAUAAAAUAAUAGUUGCAAAAUUUUGGCACAAAUUAUCUCCUUUUAUCCUUAUACCAAUUCUGGGAAACAGGGUCUUUUAUUAUCCCUAUUUUACAGAUGAGGAAAAUGAAGCAGGCCCAGACUUACCCAGAGUUACAAGGUAAGCACUUGAAUCCAGAUUUCAACUCAGUUCUACCUGACUCCAGGUCCAGUGCUCUAUCCACUGUGUCACCUAGCUGCUUCCAAUAAAGUAUAUAAAGCAAUACAAGUGCUAUACAAA